CCGGCCGUUGCCAGGGUUGGGUGCGCCAUCUGAACGGAUGGCCAAGCGAGAGCAGCGGAUUCUGAAGGAACCGCGGCCAGUUAUUUAAGUAUUAUCUGGUGCAACCCGUUGAUGUCAAGAUGACUAAACUUGGAUUUUUACGGUUGUCCUAUGAGAAGCAGGACACACUUCUAAAACUUCUCAUUCUGUCGAUGGCUGCUGUGUUAUCUUUCUCCACUCGUCUCUUUGCUGUCCUGAGAUUUGAAAGUGUUAUCCAUGAGUUUGAUCCGUAUUUUAAUUACCGGACUACUCGGUUCCUGGCUGAGGAGGGGUUUUACAAAUUCCAUAACUGGUUUGAUGACAGGGCCUGGUAUCCAUUGGGACGAAUUAUUGGAGGAACAAUAUAUCCAGGCCUAAUGAUCACGUCUGCUGCAAUCUACCAUGUGCUCCAUUUUUUCCACAUCACUAUUGACAUCCGGAAUGUGUGUGUGUUCCUGGCUCCUCUUUUCUCCUCCUUUACCACCAUUGUCACAUACCACCUUACCAAAGAACUCAAGGAUGCAGGGGCUGGGCUUCUUGCUGCCGCCAUGAUUGCUGUAGUUCCUGGCUAUAUUUCUCGAUCUGUAGCUGGAUCAUAUGAUAAUGAAGGGAUUGCCAUCUUUUGUAUGCUACUCACCUAUUACAUGUGGAUAAAGGCAGUGAAGACUGGUUCCAUCUACUGGGCUGCCAAGUGUGCCCUUGCAUAUUUCUACAUGGUCUCUUCAUGGGGAGGUUAUGUGUUCCUGAUAAACUUGAUCCCUCUCCAUGUCCUGGUGCUUAUGCUAACAGGCCGUUUCUCCCAUCGUAUCUAUGUGGCCUACUGCACUGUUUACUGCCUGGGCACCAUUCUUUCCAUGCAGAUCUCCUUUGUGGGUUUUCAGCCUGUCCUUUCAUCAGAGCACAUGGCAGCCUUUGGAGUCUUUGGUCUCUGUCAGAUCCAUGCUUUUGUGGAUUACCUGCGUAGCAAGUUGAAUCCACAGCAAUUUGAAGUUCUUUUCAGGAGUGUUAUCUCUUUGGUAGGCUUUGUCCUACUGACUGUAGGAGCUCUCCUGAUGCUGACAGGAAAAAUAUCUCCCUGGACGGGGCGUUUCUACUCACUGCUGGAUCCUUCUUAUGCUAAGAACAACAUCCCCAUCAUUGCUUCUGUGUCUGAGCAUCAGCCCACAACCUGGUCCUCCUAUUAUUUUGAUCUGCAGCUCCUUGUCUUCAUGUUUCCAGUUGGCCUGUAUUACUGCUUUAGCAACUUGUCUGAUGCCCGGAUUUUUAUCAUCAUGUACGGUGUGACCAGCAUGUACUUUUCAGCUGUAAUGGUGCGUUUAAUGCUAGUGUUGGCACCUGUUAUGUGCAUUCUUUCUGGUAUUGGAGUCUCCCAGGUACUUUCCACAUAUAUGAAGAAUCUGGACAUAAGUCGCCCAGACAAGAAGAGCAAGAAGCAACAGGAUUCUACUUACCCCAUUAAGAAUGAAGUGGCAAGUGGGAUGAUACUGGUCAUGGCUUUCUUUCUCAUCACCUACACUUUCCAUUCAACCUGGGUGACCAGUGAGGCCUACUCUUCUCCCUCCAUUGUACUGUCUGCCCGUGGUGGGGAUGGCAGUAGGAUCAUUUUUGAUGACUUCCGAGAAGCGUAUUACUGGCUUCGUCACAAUACUCCAGAGGUGAAAUUUGGGAGUAGAGGGUUUGUGGGUAGGAGUGAAAAGAGAGGCAUUUGAUAUGCUAGUGAAUCAUGU